GCUGACGGGCACAUUCUCUGCUGUGAAGUAGCGACGAAGGAAAAUGCCUGAACCCGCAAAGUCCGCGCCCAAGAAGGGCUCCAAGAAAGCUGUGACUAAAACCGCCGGCAAGGGCGGCAAGAAGAAGAGAAAGACCAGGAAGGAGAGCUACGCCAUCUACGUGUACAAGGUGCUGAAGCAGGUGCACCCCGACACCGGCAUCUCCUCCAAGGCCAUGAGCAUCAUGAACUCGUUCGUCAACGACAUCUUCGAGCGCAUCGCCUCUGAGGCCUCCCGCCUGGCUCACUACAACAAGCGCUCCACCAUCACCUCCAGGGAGAUCCAGACCGCCGUGCGCCUCCUGCUGCCCGGUGAGCUGGCCAAGCACGCCGUGUCCGAGGGCACAAAGGCCGUGACCAAGUACACCAGCUCCAAGUAAACUGCAGCUCUGCCGCAUCCACCCAACGGCUCUUUUCAGAGCCACCCACUUCUUCUGAAGAGCACCUCCUUGUGGCCUUAAAUGUAAAAUAAGCUUGACAAUCAUCUACUCAAUCGCAACUGUCGAAUCGCCAUUAAAACGUUUUUGUGUUGCUACAGUAUAUAACUGUCUUCCCACAUACAUCGCACACAGCAUCAUUUCUAUGCUGAAUGUAAAUACAUGAUCUGUGAACAAAG